ACAGUCCGUUUGGAACUGUUACUAAUGUCUACAGAUGACCUUCUUGCUUUGCUUAGGUGACCAGACACCAUGGGAAGAAAGCUGCGACACCUGCUGAUGUUCCUUCUCAUCAUCCUGAAGAAGCCCAACAUGCCGGAAGCUGGCUGCAGGCGCUCAAAGUCCUCACGCUACGUAUGUAUGGGGUUCACGAGCAUCCCUCAAAACCUCCCGACAUCUAUCGGCCACUUAGAUCUAAAAAAUAACCAAAUAACAAAGAUUCAGCCUGGUGCAUUUUCACAUCUUCCCCAGCUACAAAAUGUAGACCUGUCAAACAACCAUAUCUCAAAUAUUCAGUCCGGUACAUUUGCAAAUCUUCCCCAGCUGAAAGAGUUGCUCCUUUCCUCUAACCAGAUAACAAUGAUUCAACCAUGUGCAUUCGCAAAUCUAACUGAACUCUUAUCGUUGGACCUUUCGUCCAACAUUUUAACAAUGAUUCAGGCAGGUCUAUUUGCAAAUCUACCCCGUCUCCAAAUGUUGGUCCUGUCAGCUAACCAGAUAAACACUAUUCAACCUGGUGCACUUUUACAUCUAACCAGGCUCCAAAAUCUGUACCUGUCUAACAACAAGUUAACAAAGAUUCAGGAGAGAACAUUUGCCAAUCUACUGCAGCUACAAGAGUUGGCCCUGUCCUAUAACAAGAUAACAAUGAUUCAACCUGGUGCAUUCGAAAAUCUACCCUUACUCCAAACGAUGUGCCUUUCCUCAAACGCAAUAACAGAAAUCCAGGCUGGCACAUUUAAAGAUAUUCUCCGGCUACAAAAGUUGGACCUAUCGUACAACCUGAUAUCAAAGCUUCAGCCUGGUGCAUUCGCAAAUCUAACACAACUCCAAAUUUUGGACCUUCGGUCGAACAAGAUGUCUGUCGUUCCCCAUUCAAGUUUUGGCCUGUUGAAAUCUGUUCUUACAACAAAACUUGACGAGAACCCCUGGCAGUGUGAUUGUAGGAUGGGUCCCUUCAAGGUAAUCAUGAAUCUAAUUGAAUUUCCUUCAUUUAAAGACCAGAUAAUCUGUGCCCAACCGGCCAGAUUCCGGGGACAGAAGUUCAUAGAUGUCAAUCUCAAAGACUUGAUAUGUGAAGAGCCAACCGUAACUUUGCCUCUUGAUACACAAACAACCUCUAAUGGCCGUCAUAAUAAUGCCACAACCGCGGGCCCAACAUUACGUCCUGUGGUCACAACAAGUGUGCCACUAACUUUAAAGUCCACCUUUGCACCCACUUUCGUCAUAACAGAAGGCACGUUCAGUUCCCAUGAAUCUGUUCCCUGUUUCUCCCUAACUGUUCUCAUUGCCUCAAUCUGUGGGUCGGUAGCUGGUACACUUGUCCUUGUUGCCAUCGUUGGCACAAUCUGGUGCAAGAGGAGGACCAAGAAUCCUUCAUGCCCAAAUUGUAAGAUCGCUUUGAGUAAAGCACACACCACAAAUACUGGAGUGCCUAGUGGCCAUGAUCAGAAAGGGCAGGUCCAGUCUUUGGCAUCCACUCAAGCCUUGAAUAUGAAACGCCCACCAUACAUUACAGGGUCUGCUGUAUUUCAGCCCCAUUACUAUGUAGAUGCGAACAAACUACCAAAUCCAACCAAACCUAAACCUAAAGGUACAGGGAAACCUACUAAAGCUAAGCCCCUUGCUCUGCGCAGAAAAUCACUUCCUAAAAAUGCCCCUCACCACGUCUCCUCUCCUAAUCAUGAUGAUGAUGAUGAUGAUUGUGUGUAUGUGGUGCCAGAUGGAGCCAUAUAUAUGCAGCCAGAAAAUGUCCUGUAUGAGAUGCCUGCAAAUAGUCGUAGCAGUACUACCAUAGAUGCCCAUGACAACCUGCACUGCUACCAACCACAAACAAAAACAACAAAGUUACCAACCGAUGCUAAUGGCUACGUAAUCGUAGAGCCCAAAAAGCUUAAGGCCACUGUUAAAAAUUGAGUGGUCAUAUCAAUGAUUUCCGAUAAUAGCCACGAGUCUUACGUGAAGGUUGAAAAUGUGGAUAGAUUUUAGUUCGGAAAGAAUGAAAGUCCGUUCAUUUUCUUUAAUCCUGUAAAGUUUCCAACAGCCCCUUGUGUAUGUAACAGACGAAAUAGAAGUAGGUGCUGAAGAAUAUUGUUAAAAGGAGAUAUACGAGGCUACUGUUUGCUUAAUAACUCUUGUUAAAUUUGUGCACGACUCAACCUGCACAUUGUAGACCUAACUCUGUAUGCUGGUCUUGUCUAACGAGCUCACAACACACUAGGAAGGGAGAUGGUUUUAUAGGCUUGUAUGAUUGUCUUAAACACUUGAACUGUUUAACUGUUUCAUAUGCAACGUUAUGAUUGAUUUCUAUGUAGCCAAUAUAUUUUUGAUUACAGACACUGCUGUUUUGGCAAUGUAAUCAUAUGAUUUCUUUAGCACAUUUUGUGGAUAUAAAGUAGAUUUAACCAAUGUGAUUACAAAGGCAGAAACAUUACAGUUACUGUAGCAGUACUAUAUGUUUGGUAAUUGAUGUAAUACAAUUGUGUUCAAGUUAUUGCAUAAACCAAAGUUUUAGGAUGUUGGAGUAAAUCUUAACAGUGUCUGGCGUGGUUUCUGGCAAUCACAGCCACAGUGGUCUGAACGAUUCAAUAUCAAUAGUCAAAGAGUAAAUAGUCAGAUCAAAAGUAAACAGACGAAAUUUAUAUCUUUAGACUGUACAAACCACAGAGAGGACCCCAACAGCUUUUGGAAACAAUAACAUAGUAAGGAUAACUUUUGUUAAGUCCUCAUAUGGUAAGGGCGAGUAAAAGAACUGGAUAUGACUUUAGAAACAGGAAAUUGUCAUUGUUCUAUUGUGUACGUUUUGAGUGUGUGCGCUGUAGCAUGUACAUGUAUGAGCAUUUUCUUUAUCUAUACUAUAUGAAAUCCAGAAAGUCUAGUGUUUUCUUCACGUAUAAUAAGUAGUAUGGCUUAUUCAUACAUAUAUUCAUACAUAUGCAUGCAUAUACUAAAAUAACAUUGCAGCCUGUUAUACCUUGCUGUAAAACUGUCUGAAUUAAGUUUUUUUUAGUCUUAAAAUUAUUAUUAUUAUUAUUAUUAUCAUUAUUAUUAAAAUAGCAACCUUUUCAUAUACAGCAUAACAUACGUAUCAAUGAUCGAUGCACACCAAGAAUGAAAUUAUCAAUUAUCAACAUUACCAUUAAGUAAUAAUGUGACGUUAAAACAGACUAUAAAUCAGUAUUUAAGAGUUUGGACAGGUGUUGAGCAGCACUGUUUUUGUACUUAUCAUAUCUGGCAAAAGUGUUAGCAUUUUUCUAUAAUGUAUUCCUACCAACAGAAAUGAACUUUAAUGUUAAAAUAGUUGCUUUUGCUUUGCUAUGAUUUGUGGAAUUGACUGACAAUACAAGAGGCUAACUACAAAUGCAUGCAUGUUGACAAAUUAUUUGAGCAUUUUGUACCAGAAAGAUAACUUCAAGACAGGAGCAAUGUAAUUAUGGAAUAUAUGAAUAAAGUAUUGUGUGUUAUCUCAAUAAAACAUGGCGUCUCGUCUCGCAUCUGGUUUUAUUGACAACCAGUAAAUCGUUUUAAGGUGUAACACAGCAGUUUAGUACGAUUGAAGCAAAAUGACCUACACAUUUACCUACAACAGACAUGUGAGAGCCUUUAGUAAAUACAUACAUAUCAACCAACACGGUCAAUAUUCAGUGGAAAUGUAGUUAUCAAACUGAAUCAUCAUUUCCAGCCGUGAGAAAAGUCAAUGGAUUAUGAUAACGUCUAGCCCAUAGUUUACAAGCAACGCCAGUUCUGUGCAUGUUGUGGAAAG